GUUUUAGGCUGUGACUGUGAGCCGAGCGAGCGCAGGUGAGGAGGCAGGAGCUGUAGCGCGAGUGAGCUGUCCUCGACCGGCGCUCGCCCGUCUGCCUAGUUUGAGCCAUGCUGCCUGCUGCUGUCCGGAGGUGGUUACACAGACCGAAGCGUUCUGAUCCCAGGCUACUGUCACAGUUCUUCUAUGCUGAUGAGAGAGUGACUCGAGUGGUAACGGAGAUCAAUUGUCUGGAUGUGGAGACAGAUCCUCAGCAGUACCUUGUGCUUCUAAAUCAGCUGCACCUUAGUCAGGCUGAACUGUUAGCCAUCAUAGAGCAGAUAAUGGAUGAGUGCAUCCCCAAGGAACGUCAUGGCCGUGACUAUGUCGCCAAAUUCCCAGAGGACCUUCUAGUGGACAGUCUCCGGAAUCACAUGCUGUUUGCUGCUGAGUGUUUGAUGGCACGCACCUACAUUGAUGUGGAUGAGGCUGAUGGUGUGCGGCUUCGACCUCUGGCCAAAGAUCUGCUGUGCAGCUUAGAACUUGUACGGACAGUCCUACGGGAGCAAAGUCUGAGCCAACAUGGGCCUUACUCAGACCCUGUCCAUAGGGCACUGAUUCGCUUUGAUAUACUCUUUGCAGAGUUUGAACUAAGCUACGUGUCUUCAUUGGUUUCAGUGAAGUCACCCGAAGAGAUCUAUAGGCAACAGGAGAUUGUGGUGCUCUUCUGCGAAACUGUGGCCAGAGCUCUGAAGCUUGGCUACUUGACGCAGGAGAUGAUUGAUGGCUACGAGCCGCAGCUGAUGUUCACAAUUCCCCGCCUGGCCAUUAUUAGUGGGCUUCUGAUCUACCCCGAUGGGCCCCUCAACUUGGAACGGAAGCCCGAGGAGAUAUCCCGAGUCUUCAGCCCUUUCUAUGUUUUGCUAAGAAAAAUCAGAGACCUGCUGCAUGUGCUGUCCAAGAAAGAGCUCUACAUAUUGGAGAAACGUGUCCUGAAUGAAAGUGCUACUGAUUCACAGGCCUCCUGUGAGGUGAACUCUGCUGACCUCAGGGGCUCUGUGGCGUCACAUGUUUGCGUGUCUGUUCCAAGGCAGGAGCCUAAGAGCACCCAGGCAGGAGCUGUUGCUGAUGUUUCACAGCACUCCCGAUGGUUGGAAUUGCGAGCUCGUUACAGGAGCACUGAGGACAUGAUCCACACAUUAUUUGUCUGCAUAUCUGGAGUGGCAGACCAGCUCCAAACUAACUUUGCUGGUGACCUGCGUGCCAUCCUGAAGACAGUAUUUGCAAUUGUGACAUCCCAGACAGAGGAACUGGAAGUAACAGACACUGGCCAGGUGGGGGUCUGUGUGGGGCCUGCAGUUUCUCGCCUGACAGAUUGUGCUCUCUGCUCCAGUAGUUGGCAAGGCCAUGGAAGACAGGGUGAGAAUCCAGAAUGUGAUACUGACACACUGGAACCACCAGAAUGGGUGCCAGAUAGCACUUGCAGCCAUUGCAUGGCUUGUCAUGUGCCUUUCACUUUUCUUCGCCGACGACACCACUGUCGGAGUUGUGGGAAGAUCUUCUGCUCUCGUUGUUCAUCACACUUGGCACCUCUGCCUCACUUCAGACAGCUGAAGCCAGUCCGCAUCUGCACUCACUGCUAUACCACUCACUUACCUUCCACCCAUAAAGAUGCCAGCUGCUUGUGAGCAUCAGCCUGUGGACUUGGGGCUUCAUCACACACCUUGCAUGACUAAAGAAACACCAAAGACUGGCAGCCAGCCACAGCCUGGGCCACCUGCAAAGAACUAUAGGAAUAACCACUUGUGUCUUAUUAGGAUGCUCUUAUGAGCACUCCAAAGGGCGUUUCAUAGUGCAGGAUGGAAUAGCAGAAGAGGAAACUCUAGAGCUUCACAGCAAGUGAUCUUUAUCUUAAUAUUUGAAGAACAUUUGUGACCCAUUUUGCCUGGAGCUAGAAUUCAUUGUAGAUGGCACUUGGGCAGACUUCUGUAAAUGCCAUUAAUAGGCUGUCUCCCAUUGCUCCUUCUCAGACGGAGUGGACUAUUACCCAUGUAAGGAUUGCCUGGUGCUGUUAACCUGGCUUCCAGGAUUCCUGCACUUAGUGGGGAUUUGGUGGGGGGCAGGGGAGUCCAAGGCUAGCUUUGUCCUACAGGUUUGUUUUUUAACAAGCCUAUAGAGGCACAUUGCCAGAUGCGGACUGGAGUGCAAUAUGAGCUUCACAGUGCUUUUUGCUGGAACCGAAAGCAGGAUCUUGACUCCAGCAGCACUGUUGCAAAGCAUGUGGAAGAGUCAGGAUUUUUUGCCUACCAGCUUGACAUGUAGGAAGGGCUAAGGUGGGUUGUUUAGAAAAGGGCUGCAAUUAACCUUGCGCGUACUUUCUGUGAAAAAAUGUUUUUCUCUCUGUGAGACUUAUAGCUUCUUCCUUUGAAAUCAGCAUAAGCUGGUAACUCUCCUGAAUACUUGAAUAAAUGCUGACUCUUACUCCUGCCAACUUGUCUUCUCUGUACAGAGUAAAUGUGCUGGCAGUGGCUGGAUUUGACUGUAGGAUUGCUGUUUGGUGUGUUGAUAGACAGGAUCUGCUGCUAUAUUUCCUCUUCCCACCAUAAAAAAAUGCAAAUACAAACUUUCAAAUGUUAA